CUGACAUUUCCUGGAGUGACUUGCCUCUUGUCGCUCGUGUCCCCAAGCCUCAGCGGAAUUCGGGAUCAAAGAUGUCACGACAGAGCACCCUUGCUGCUGCCGUGGCAACCAUGCUUGGAGCUACGUUAGGUGGCCUGUUUCUGUGGCGAACCUUACGAACUCAAAGGAGAAAGUGUAUUAAGGAGCCAUCGGAGUCUAACCCUCUGCCCAUAGAACACUUGGGUGCUUUAGAGCAGACCAUAACUCCUUCCCAGUGUCCACCUCAGCAGCUGCAGCCCCCUCCAGAAACACUCACACCUGUCCUGUUACCCUCUGUUGAAAGGCUUCUGGGGGUGACUCCAGAAGUGGCAAGUUCUACAGAGGAGUGGGAGAAGUUGUGGCCCUCUCUGCAGAAGGACCUUUCCAUCUAUCCUGUCUUGGGGCUGGACUGUGAAUGGGUAAAGACCAUCCGUGUGUCUGUCAAAGGGAAGGCCUGUGCGGUUUCCUUGCUUCAAAUGGCCACGUUCUCUGGCCGAUGCGUCCUGGUAAGACUGCUGCCAUUUCGCAAAACCCGACAGUCCCUGCCUCAAGGCCUCAUGGGAGUCCUGUGUGACCCACAUGUGCUGAAGGUGGGGGUGGGUUGUUAUGAGGACAGCAAGCGUCUGGCCCGUGACUACGGCCUGACUCUCAAAUGUACUGUGGACCUGCGCCACCUUGCGCUUAGACAGAAGCAAGCAGUUCUGAAUAACGGCCUGAGCCUGAAGUCUCUUGCUGCUGAUUUGCUCAACAUCAAACUGGACAAAUCCCUGGAGCUGCGCUGCAGUGAUUGGGAAGCAGAGCAACUGACCCAAGAGCAGGUAACCUACGCAGCCCGAGACGCCCAGGUCUCUGUGGCACUUUUCUUUUACCUGCUGGGGUUGAAGUCUGAGCCAUGCUCUGUGCUGGGCGGAGGGUCUGUCUAUGCUCAAUUGGCCUCACGCUGCCAAGGCCUGAUGGACGUCCCCUUCAAGGGCCACGGUGGCACAGAUGCAGAUGAAGGAGAGCGUAGGCGACGCAACAGGAAGUCCACCUUUGAGAGCCCUGAGUCCGGGGACCAGCAAGUGCCAGACCCCCGCAGGAACAAGCGAAAACCACUCGGGGUUGGAUACUCUGCCAGGAGAUCUCCCCUUUACGACAACUGCUUCCUUCAUGCUCCGGAUGGCCAGCCGCUCUGCACAUGUGACAAGAAAAAAGCAAAGUGGUACAUUGAUAAAGGAAUUGGAGAGCUCAUCAGUGAGGACCCCUUCAUCGUUCGGCUCCUGUUUGAACCGUCUGGCCGACCCGACUCACAGCGAGACUACUACCUCACGGCCAAAGAGAACCUCUGUGUGGUGUGUGGCAAAGCGGACUCCUAUAUCAGGAAGAACAUUGUGCCACAUGAAUAUAGGCGGCAUUUCCCAGCCGAGAUGAAGGACCACAACUCCCAUGACAUCUUGCUGCUCUGCACUUCCUGUCACGCUGCCUCCAGCGUGUAUGACGGCUUUCUGAAGCAGCAGUUGGCUAACGAGUUCUCAGCCCCCCAGGGCUCCGAGGAAGGCGUGCGGAUCCUGGAGGACUCGGAUCGCCGGAAAGUCCGCUCUGCGGCACGUGCUCUCCUCAGCGCAGGAGAGGGACUGCCCGAGACUCGACGGGAUGAACUCCAGUCAGUCAUUCAGAGCUUCUACGGUCAAGAACGAGAGAUCACGUCGGAUUUACUGGAAAAAACAGCAGACCUGGAGACCAGGAUCUUUAAUGAGAGCUAUGUACCCCAUGGGCUGAAGGUGGUCCGGGCGUAUGCAGAACGUGGCCUCAGGGGCCUGAUGGACCUGGAACAGCGCUGGCGCCAACACUUCCUCUCCAGCAUGCGGCCGAAAUUCCUUCCGCCACUAUGGUCGGUCAAUCACAAUCACGACAAGUACCUGCGAAAGUACGGGGAGGACCUGGUUAUCCAGCUCAACUGAUUAGCCUUCCCGCGUUUCCGAGCAACGUUUUCGCGCAGCUGACCUGGCGUGAAGGUAAAUGCCCAGUGUGAAGGAGCCUGGAAAGCCCAUUUUCGAUCCCUGAGGCGCUGUGCCAUCUCGGAGAAUGGCAGAGAGACACAGACUCUGCUGCCAGAGAGACAAGAGAGGCUAGCUCUGACUCUGAACUCAAUGCGAUCUCAAACACUACCCAUUUAUUUAUUUAUUGGACCAGAGGAGAUGCGCUGGGGUCUGAAGAGAGGCUUUUUCUCAGAUUGGAAGCCACUUUGGUGA